AGGCAGAAGACAUGGAUGGUUUUCUUCAUUGGUACAGGAGAUGGACAGCUCAUUAAGCUUGCUGUGGACAGGAACUAUCACCCUGCUUGUCCCAUGGUGCUCUACAGGACCAAUGACGACCGCCAAGUGUUUCCCAAAAUACAACUGGAUCCAGUGGAUCAGAAACAUGUCUACGUGCCAUUUAGAAACCAGAUGAAGCGUGUGUCUGUAUCAAAGUGCAGCACAUACACAAAUGUACAGGAGUGUUUGUCUGCACAGGAUCCAUACUGUGUCUGGUGUGGAUCUAAACAAAGGUGCACAUUUGAAGACGACUGCCAAGAUUCUGACUGGUUAUCUAUUCCUGAUGAUUCCACAGAGAAAAUCAUUUCUCACAAAGUUCUAAAGAACCCCAGUGGAGAGAUCACACUAAAGAUCCAGACCCACCUGACUGUCAACUGGACAAAGGAUAACUUUGCCUGUGAAAUCUUUCCAUCACCUAGAGAACGUUGUACACAAAAGUUCCCACAAUGCACCUGCAGCCUAUCCCAUGGCUCAAUUCCUGCUGACGGCCUGCAUGUCACUGUAAUGAUGAGACUUGGGAAGACGAACCUUUCAGAGCGUCUGAAGCUAACCAACUGCUCUGACAUCAGUGGACCUCCAACUUCUGUCUUGUGUCAGCAGUGUGUCAGGGCUGGUUGUGGAUGGAACAUAAACAGCUGUUCAUGGUCUAAUGAAGGAGUGGAUAAUGACAGUGUUUGUCAAAAGUUGGAGCCUGGGAUGAACUUUUCUAAGCCAGAAAUCUCCUCCAUCUCUCCCAGUGUUGUGUCUUUCUACGGUAGAAACCAUGCCUUGUUGUCAGGUCAGAACCUCAUUAAUGUGACCAGAGUGAGGAUCCAGACAGACCUGGACUGUACUCCACAAGAAUCUCCUGUAUGGAACAAGACUGGUGUGAGUCUGACGUUCCACAUUCCCACUACAGAAAAGAAAGGUUUUGUCAAAGCAUGCGUUCUACUGCCUGAUGGCAGUUGCCACGGCAACGCUUUAAUCACCUAUCGAUCAACACCAUCCUGCACAGACAUUGUACCAAGCAGCACCUGGACCAGUGGGAAGAGGAAGGUCACACUCAUGGGGUCCCACUUGGAGUUUGUGGAAGGAAUCACACACAUCCACGGACAGACGGAAGUCCAACUUCCCACAACCAGCAGCAGUCAGAAACUCUCCUAUGACACACCUGCAGCUUUAAGGCCUCAGACGACUUCUAGCAGCACUGUGUAUUUGAAAGUAGCCAAUCAAUCCUUGGCCUGCUCCACAAAAAUAACCUACUAUCCAGACCCUGUGUUCACCACCUUCUCAUUCACAAGGACGGGGGACGGUUUUCGUGUCACCAUACAGAAAAAGGCAGAUAAACUAGAGAUGACAACAGCAGAGCUGUUAGUGUGGGGUAUUGAAGAAGGAAAGAAAUACCCUUGCAUCAUGGAAGAGAAAGAAACUGACAACCAGACUGACUUUUUCACCUGUGAGAUACAAAACACAUCCAGCUUUACAUUUCAGCACAUAGAGAUAAAGUAUGGUGGCCAGACAGUGCUGCUAGGUCCUCUGCCUUUAUUUCAUCAGGUCCUUCUGAUAAAAGUGCGUUUGAUGCUGAUACCUUGUGUCAUAGGUGUGUUAGUGUUUAUCUAUCGCUGGCAAAGGAGACGCACCUCUGAGAUGAACAUGCUCUGACCACAGAUGCCUAGCUCUCCAUCCGUUCUUACAGGGAACAAGUUCACCAGCUGCCUACACAUUUGUAUUAAAAGGCUUCUUUAUUUUCAAUUAAUAUUUUUUUAUCAAACACUUUCUUCCUGUCUCUGGUGGUUGAUUUGUAACUUUGUGGUGCAGAUGAGACUUCAGGCAGCCUGCUACCAGCCAAGAUUAAUCCAACACAAUAGUUUGUUUUACUCUUUUAUCAUUAUGUAUAUUUAUGAUACAGACAUCAGACCACUGAAAUCCUCAUCUCCUCUAAAUCACAACCAAAAAGAAAAUAAACAUAUUUCUCAAAAUCUGGAACUGCUCUAUUAAAGCAUCAGGCCAUUGACACUUUCUGAUACUACAGGCUAUACAGGUAGUACAUAUGAAGUCAUUGUAUUUUAGGCGAAAUAUUAAUAUUAAGAGACCAUUUGAAGUAGUUAUUACGCUGCACCUAUUAUAAGGUUUGACUACUUUUUUAUAUAAUUGUUAUGUUCUUUUUACCAAGUGUGUACUUCUAUAUGCUUUUUAAUGCCUAAACUGAAAUAAAUGCUUAUCCUAUUACUAUCUUGUAAUUAUUAAAUACUUUUAAUUGAG